AUGAGCAGCCUCAUCUCCUCGUUCAUCAUCGAGCCCGUCGUCCGCCAAGCGCGCAGAUUUUCAGGAGCGCCGACACCAGCGGUACCUGCCGCGCGCCUGUCACAUGCGAGCCAGGAUGAAGAUACGACCGCCCAGACAGCGCUGACGGACAGCAGCGACCGUCCAGGGUCCACCACCACGACCACCACCACUGCCAUCGAGAUCGCGCCGCAUCCCAACAGUGAUCCGUCGGAUGAUUCUGCCGCUGCACCUGCAAGUGUAAGCGUGCCGGUACCCGCAGCGCCGUCUCCACAGCGGCCAGCUAUCCCAGGAGCCACGAGCAUCGUCAUACUCGAGCAUGGUCGUCUCACCACCUCGCCGAGGGCCACGCCAGCCUCGCUCAGAGAGCAGCCUACGGAUGAUUACAUGUCCUACAACCCGUCGUACGGCAUAGCAGAGCGCUUCCGACCAAGCAUCCACAUGGCGGACCAGUCGCCGCGGGACAGCGCGAGCAGCGCUGGGGGCAGGUCGCGAGCGAACACCGGGCGGAGCGCGCAGGGCGAGAGCGUCAAUAUGGCGCAUAUGUCUGAGUCGCUGCCGGCGGACGAUGGGAUGCGAGUGAUGCGGCAGAAGAUAGUCUCGAUUCGCGACAUGGAGGCGUCGAGCGAAGAGAAGGCCCUCAGGAUGCACAUCCUCAUGACGGAGCGCUAUCAGGCCUCGCACGCGCACCUGCUGCGGGCGCAGUCCCCGCUGAGCAUCGUGUCGUCAGAGAGACCAUACACGCCCAUGUCAGCGAGCUCGGUGCUAGACGGCAACGCGCAGCCCUCUUCGCCCGUCUCCAUCUACUCUCUCCCCGACCCGACAAACCCGUUCAACGUGACCCCAAAAGACCUCGAGCCCUCGUUCCGGCCACGGCACGGCGCGCCAGCGGACCCAGACACGAUCCCCGAGGACGACGGCCACGACGCCGAAGAAGAAACCCCCGAGCUCGGCUGCGAGCACUACAAGCGCAACGUCAAGGUGCAAUGCUUCGACUGCCGGCGCUGGUAUCCGUGUCGACACUGCCACGAUGAAGUCGAGGACCACAGGCUCAAUCGCCGCAAGACGCUGAAUAUGCUCUGCAUGCUGUGCGCGACGCCGCAACCUGCAGCGGAGUGCUGCGGAAACUGCGGACAGCAGGCUGCGUGGUACUAUUGCGGGAUUUGCAAGCUGUGGGACGAUGACGGAAGCAAGCGGAUUUAUCAUUGCGAGGAGUGCAAGUACUUCCCCGGAGCCUUGCCCGCUCUCAUAUGCACAUACCUACGAAAAUGCAACGUCUGCAUCUCCAUCGCCUUCGCCUCGACCCACCGCUGCAUCGAGCGCGCCACCGACUGCGACUGCCCCAUCUGCGGCGACUACCUCUUCACCUCGUCCACCUCCGUGGUAAGCAUAAAAUGCGGCCACUACAUGCACCGAGCCUGCUACCUGCGCUACAUGGAGUCGGACUACAAAUGCCCCAUCUGCAAGAAGUCCGCCGUGAACAUGGAGCUGCAGUGGCGCAAGCUGGAGGAUGCGAUUGCCACGCAGCCCAUGCCGCCGCAGUUCAGGGAUACGAGGGUCGUCGUGCAUUGUAAUGACUGUAGUGGAAGGAGUAGCGUUGCUUAUCAUUGGGUUGGGAACAAGUGCGGUUGGUGUGAUAGCUUCAAUACGAAUGAGCUGCAGCUGCUUAGUGGGGAGCAAGGGCUGCAGAGUCAGCCGCCGCCUGCUCAGGGACAGGCAGAGCACCAGCAGCAGCAGCGUCAUGAACAGCAGGAACAGCAGCAACCAAGGGUCGAGAACGCCCCACCUGUCCCGUCCGCCAGCCCACCAGCCACAGUGCUCAACCCGCAGCCCAUCCGCCGACUCGCGGCCCCCGCGUUCCCAGAAGUCCGCAGAGCGUCCGGCUCGUACUUCCUCAGCGGCGAGGAAGCCUCGGCCUCAGACCGGACGCGUCCGGCGUCCGCGGCCAGCGCGAUGGAGAAUAUCCGCGAGAACAUCCGGUUUCCUAGCCCGUACGGCAUGCUGGCGCGCAUGAGUCGGAGCUUGAGCCCGAUACGGCAUUAUCUCGAGGGCCAGGAUGUGGCGAUGGUGGAUACGGAUGAGGAGGAUGGGGGGGAGGGGAGGGGCUUGCGUGACGGGGAAGAGGGAGAGGAGGCGGGGAGCGAGGAGAGCGGGGAGAGUGAUGAGGAUAUGGAUGAUGAGGAGAAUGAGGAGGAGGAUGAGGAGAUGGAUGAUGGGGAUGAGCUGGAUCGGAUUGAGCUGCUUGGGCAUCGGUGA